CCCCACCGUAUCGCACGCAGCGCCUUGACAGCCUAUCUGAUCCUGCCGUACCUACAAGCCUUCUUCAGCGAUUUGACCUACGUCCGCGCGGUUAGCGACUGUCACAGUCAUGGCUGCUCCCCUGUACACAACCGCUUCGGGACAGCUCUUCCAUGCUGGAAAGAUCUUGAUCGCUACCGUCGGUCUACCAGCUCGAGGAAAGACACAUCUUGCCCAUGCUUUGGAGCGCUACUUGAGAUGGCUCGGAGUAAAGGCUACCGCCAUGAGUCUUGGAGACUACAGGAGGAGAGUCUUGGGUGGAGCGGAAAAUCUGCCGCCUGACUACUUCAUCAAUGGUCCCAAGAAGCCAGAGACGGAUGCUCUCAGGGAACGUGUCCUGGCUGAGUUCGACGAGUCAGUGCUAGAGUUCUUUGCAACGGGGGGCCAGUCGGUCAUCUACGAUGCCAACAAUGGUACACAAGCACAAAGGUAUCGUAUUCGAGAGAAGUUCGGCAAAGCAGGCAUCCAUGUGAUGUUCCUUGAGUCCAUCUGCGACGAUCCUGCAAUCAUCGAGGCCAAUGUCCGGUCUGUCAAGAUCUCCAGCCCAGACUACGUCAAUUGGGACCAGGAAAAGGCGGUUCAGGACUUCUACAACCGUAUCAAGGGUCAUGAGCAGUACUACGAGCCGAUCGAAAAUCCCUCCUUCCCCUACAUCAAGGUCAUCAACGUUGGCCAGCAGAUCAUCGUCAACAAUAUUCAGGGCUACUUGCAGUCCCGAAUUGUCUUCUUCCUGAUGAACAUCCACAAUCGCCAACGAACAAUCUACUUUGCGCGAGCAGGAGAAGCGCUCAUAGACCAUCUCUACAAGGCCGAUGCUGAUCUUUCGUCACUCGGCUGGCAAUACGCCCAGAAGCUUUGCAAAUUCCUGAUGCAGCACAGGGAAGAGGCAGCGGAAGCAUCUGUGCAGCGAGCGAAAGAGGGCAUCCUGACACCAGGCGGUCACACUCCUGGGACAGGCCCGGGAGAGGCUGGACGGACAAUGGAGGUGUGGACAUCAGCUCGAAAGCGCUCCGCUCACACUGCCCUCGCCUUUGCCGACCAAGGCUAUCGCGUCAUCGAGCGUUCCCAGCUCAGCGAGAUCAACCCCGGUGUCGUCGAUGGCCUGACACCAGAGGAGAUUAGCGAGCGCUUCCCCGACGAAUGGGAGAAGAAGAUCAAAGAUCCCUAUGGGCAUCGUUACCCGCGAGCAGAGAGCUACCACGAUCUGUCGAUUCGGCUCGAGCCCAUCAUCUUCGAGCUAGAGCGAGCCACCAGCGAUGUCCUCAUCGUUGGACAGUCGUCGGUGCUGCGUUGUCUGAUCGCUUACUGCCAGGGCCGCAAGCCGCAGGAGAUCCCAGGCAUUCAGGUCAAGGAAGGAGAGCUGUGGGAGAUGGUUCCAAAGGCUUACGGUAUGGCUGAGAACAUUGUCGAAUUCUGGGAUCAAGCCAAGGAGAGGCAAAACAGAGAUGAGGCAUACUACAGGGAGAGGCGACUCUCGGAUAAGGCUGCGGGCCUGUCGCUUUCAAAUGCCCAAUUGAAGAUGCAACGACGCGUGAGCCUAUUCAGGCCAUGUAUCGACAUUCACGAAGGUCAAGUGAAGCAGAUUGUCGGUGGUACCCUCGAUGACCAGGGCAACAAUGUCAAGACGAACUUUGUCGCUACACAUUCUCCUGCUUACUACGCCAACUUCUACCAACAGCACGGCCUCGUGGGCGGACACGUCAUCAAGCUUGGCCCACGCAAUGACGAAGCGGCCGUGGAAGCCCUUCGAGCCUGGCCUGACUCCCUGCAGGUCGGCGGAGGCAUCACAGAGGCCAACGCACAGGAAUGGCUAGACAAGGGCGCCUCCAAGGUCAUUGUCACCUCCUACCUCUUCCCUGACGCCAAAUUCUCUCUCGAGCGACUACAAGCCCUCUCCCACCUCGUGGGACGCGACCGCCUCGUGGUAGACGUAAGCUGCCGUCGUAAAGGCGACAAGUGGGUCGUGGCGAUGAAUCGCUGGCAGGACUUGACAGACAUGGAAGUCAAUGCCGAGUCUCUCCAUCUGCUCGCACAGUACUGCUCCGAAUUCCUAGUACACGCCGCAGACGUCGAAGGUCUGUGCCAAGGCAUCGAUCAGGACCUCGUUGCAAAGCUCGCAGAGUGGAUACCAGACCAUGCCGGGCCCACUCCUCCGGCUUCGGCAGGAGGGUCAACCCCCACCCGCCGGGGCAGUAUAGGCGGUAAAGCCACUGGUCCCGUCGCGGUGACGUACGCCGGUGGUGCACGUCAUCUGGGCGAUUUGGAGCUCGUGGAUCGACUUAGCCGCGGGAAAGUAGACCUGACUUUUGGGUCUGCAUUGGACAUAUUUGGUGGGUCUGGAGUGAGCAUGAGUGAGCUUGUGCAAUGGAACCGGACAAAGGGCAGACAGGGAGCAGAGGAGCAAGAAGAUGAGGACGACGACGAUGAUGAUGGGUACGAUAGUGCAGGAAGUGAUGCGGAGCAGGAAGAUCAGACGAUUUCGUGAGGAUGAGUUCGGGCAAGAGCGGACCUUGUAUGUCAAUAGAUCAAUCCUGCUGCAAAAUCUAUGCAUUUAAUGCCAUGCCGGCUAUGAGAAGUGUAGAGAGAGUCCAUCUUGCUUCUCUACGCCGCAUCGGUAUACAGGUCUAGAUUAGCUACAACGUAUUCAAGGUUCCAGCUUUACACGGUCCUCUCCUCAUAUAUAAACGACCAUAUUCUUC